GCUUGUUGCCAUAGUAACCGCGAAACAAGCGCACGGAACUUUCCGAACCCGCAUCGCUUCCGGCCAUCUUGCGAACGAGCUAAUUAAUCUAAAAUCCAUUAUCUGGAAAUCCUCUAUUUCCUGCCGAGAUAAAUAAGUAAAAUGUCUACCGGCACUGAAAAACUUAGGAAAGCGACACUUAAAGUAACCCCGUCGUCACGUAAGAUGGCUGGGUCCACAUCGGGGCUUCUUCGCGUUAACACGCGGAGCACCGCUGCCUCACGCAGCCGGAAGAGCUUCAGCCUGGCGGGGGACAGCAGGCUCUUGGAAAAAGGCCCAGUUCCAGUGACCGGACAGGGCGUGCAGGUUCUCGAUGAAAACGGCAAUGACGUCACCCCUCGUCCCCUCUGCCACCCUGACCCAGCCGCUGCGCAGCCCCGACAGACCAAAAUCUUUGCUGCUCAGGACACCUCCGGCGCAAGUGUCUCCGAUUUCCUUUCCACCACCUUCCAAACCACCAAAACCAGUUUUGCCGGGCCAUUUACCAGGUCUGUUUUCGAAAGCAGUGCCAUGUCUAGGUCAAGCCAGUCCACGAUGGAAUCACUGAAUGACGAAAUUGAGGACUCGUCUACUAAAUGUGCCAUCUCAGUCAGCCUGUCAGACCUGCAGGUGAAAAAGGAGGAAGGAAAAGAAGUGAUGCGAGAAGACAUGUUAGAUGACGUAGUGGAAAAGUAUCUAACGGAGACGGCGACCUUCUGGUUACUCGACAUGCCUGCUGUCUCGGUGUCGGUGGACGCCGCAGAAGCUGAGAGUGUGGAAGAGAGAAACAGGGCCUACGUAGGACUGUGUAAAAACCGAAUGGGGAAUGACAAAUAUGUAGAGAGGGGGAUGCAGACCAUUAACGGGGCCCUGAAAACGAAGGAGGUUCAGAGUGAGGCCGUCUCCUUGGCUGACGCAGCCGUCAUGGCCACCACAUGGGACAUGUAUGACACUUACUCUAGCGAUGGCGGAGUCGGAGAGACUACAGAAUCUGCAGAUCAGUCUAGCAGCCCUGACAUCAUCUUGAGCCAAAGCCAUGAAUCCAGCAAAACUGCAGAGAGAACCAUGUCUGUUUUAAGCAGUACAAGUAUGGCAAGCACCUCGAGUUCCCAAAAGGAGACGGCGGCCGUCAUUACGCCGAGCGAGGACAAGGCCAGCCCUCAGCUUGUGCUCCAGACUGAGAAGUUUCAGCAGGACCUGUGCGUGAUGGAGAGGGUCGUCCUGCAGAACAUCUUCCAGGCCAGGCUGGCGGCCUACAGACGGCUCCCGGUGCUGAAAGAUCCCGACACCCUUCACAAGCCGUCAGAGACACCCGGAGCAGAGAUGGACGCUGUCCCUCCGGCUCCUGCACUGGAGCUCCUGUGGUCCUUCAGCUGCGAGCUGACGGUGGGCCAGAACGUCAGCAGCAUGGCCUGGAACAAGAAGAACCCGGAUCUUUUGGCUGUGGGAUAUGGACAGUUUGAUCUGAAGAAUCGGAAACCAGGUCUGGUCUGUUGCUGGUCUCUGAAGAAUCCCGUGUGGCCAGAGAGGAUCUUCCCCUGUCAGAGUGGUGUGACGGCUCUGGACUUCUCUGCCAGGCACCCGGGUCAGAUCGCCGUGGGGAUGAGUGACGGGAGCAUAGCCACAUUCAGCGUGCCGAGCCGGGAGGGGGGUCCGGUCCUCGACAGCAGCGAAAGCCCCCACAAACACAGCGGUCCCGUGUGGCAGGUGAAGUGGAUUGACCAGGACCGGGGUCCGUGGGGGGAGGAGAAAUGCGAGACACUUGUUUCUGUGUCUGCGGACGGCAGGAUCAGCAGAUGGAUCCUCAGGAAAGGCCUCCAUUGCAUGGAUCUUAUCAAGCUGAAGAGAAUCGAGAACGAGGCGGUCAGGAGACAUGGAGGGGAGAGGCAGCGCAGAAGCGAGGCAUGCAUAUCUCGACAGACCGCUGGGCUUUGCUUCGACUUCCAUCCCAAGGACUCAAAUAUCUACCUGGUCGGCACUGAAGAGGGUCACAUUCACAAGUGCUCCUGUUCUAACAACGAACAAUAUCUGGAGACGUACACGUCACACAAAGGGCCGGUCUACAAGGUUACCUGGUCCCCCUCCUGCUCUGAUGUGUUCCUGAGCUGCUCGUCGGACUGGACCAUCCGGCUCUGGAGACAGGACCUGCUCACCCCCGUGCUGGUCUUCAACUCCGUGCACAGAGCCGUGUUUGAUCUCUCGUGGUCCCUCAGGUGGGCCACUAUCUUUGCUGCUGUGAAUGAGGACCGGCUGGAGAUUUGGGACCUUGGUGCCAGCAUUUUGGACCCUACCAUCGUGAGCCCAACACGCCCAGGGGUCAAACUCACCUCGCUGCUGUCCGCCACCCAGACGGACUGUGUUCUGCUGGGGGACAGCGAUGGCCACGUUGGCGUCUGUCAGCUGAACAAUCUGGGUGCUGGAGACCCGCAGGCGGCCGCAUUGGAGGAGAUCAUCAGAACAGCCCUCCACUCCAAUCGUAACUAAAAUGAAAUCUUGAGGUUGUUUACGUGCUGUGGAUUCGAAAUAAAAAUGAUGAUGUGAUUACCA